AUGAAGAUGUCUUUCUCUUCUUUUCUGUUAGUACUAAUUGUCGUUUUCCUCAUCUCUUUUUCCGAAAACAAGAAAAUGGUAGGAGAAGCAAAUAAGUGUUUUGAUGGGUGGGCAUGUGAAGGAGAAGACAAUUGCAGAGAAAAGUGUAUGGCUGAGCACAAAGGAAAUGGAAUCUGUGAUUUGUACACUCCUCCUUUGGUUCCUAAGCAAUGUCUUUGCCACUAUGAUUGCUAA